UUGUCGAUCUCAGUGGGCGCCAUCUUAGUUAGCGGGUGACAGAAGAAGGUUGCAUGUUAGGAGACAUACGUUCAUAUUGUCUAGAAAGGAAACAUACGUUUUUUUGUGCAUAUACAAAACUACAGCGAAGCCCCUGACGCCCAGAAAUGGCAACGGGAGCCAACGCAACCCCGCUGGGGAAGCUGCACCCGAGUAUCGGCGCUAAGCGAGGCUUUGACUCUGGCCCCGGCGCGGGGUUAAUGGCACCGCCCGGGCCUGCGGUGUCUUUCCCGCUGCAGAACUUACAGCAACCGCAAUUAUCAAACCCAGGUUUCUCCCAGUUCCCCGGAGCCGUGAGUUCUGCGCUCUCAAACCCAGUCGGAGUGGGACUACCGUCUCAGGCGGAGAUUGGAGAUUUUGGCCAGAAGAAGCGAAAAAGGAGUCGCUGGAGCAGUGAAACCCCUGAUCAGAAGACCAUUAUCCCGGGCAUGCCCACCGUAAUCCCUCCUGGGCUGACUCGGGACCAGGAACGAGCUUAUAUAGUCCAACUGCAGAUCGAAGACCUGACACGUAAACUACGUACAGGAGACCUGGGAAUCCCUGUUAACCCUGAGGACAGGUCUCCAUCUCCUGAGCCCAUCUACAACAGUGAGGGGAAGAGGCUUAACACGCGUGAAUAUCGGACACGCAAGAAACUGGAGGAAGAGAGACAUUCUCUUAUUACAGAGAUGGUGGGACUGAACCCUGAAUUCAAACCCCCUGCUGACUACAAACCACCAGCUACUCGGGUCAGUGAUAAGGUGAUGAUUCCUCAGGAUGAAUAUCCCGAGAUCAACUUUGUUGGGCUUUUGAUUGGCCCACGUGGAAACACUCUGAAAAACAUUGAGAAGGAGUGCUGUGCUAAGAUCAUGAUUCGUGGUAAAGGCUCAGUAAAGGAAGGAAAGGUGGGCCGUAAGGAUGGACAGAUGCUUCCAGGAGAAGAUGAACCUCUUCAUGCACUGGUCACUGCUAACACCAUGGAGAAUGUCAAGAAAGCUGUAGAGCAGAUUCGUAAUAUCCUCAAGCAGGGUAUUGAGACCCCUGAAGACCAGAAUGAUCUGAGAAAGAUGCAGCUGAGGGAGCUGGCACGACUCAAUGGCACUCUGAGAGAGGAUGAUAACAGAAUCUUACGUCCAUGGCAGAGCACAGAGCCUCGCAGCAUCACAAACACAACUGUCUGUACAAAGUGUGGUGGAGCAGGUCACAUCUCAUCAGAUUGCAAGUUUACCAGUUCCUUUGCACAACGACCUGGCGAACCACCCCAGUCUGCUCAGGAUAAGGCCCGAAUGGAUAAAGAGUACUUGUCUCUGAUGGCAGAGUUAGGAGAGGCUCCAAUCCCUGCCUCCAGUGGGGGCCACAGCAAUCCUCCCCCUAGUGGACCUCGUCCUGCAGGACCCAACAACAACCAGCCACCACCAAAUCGCCCUCCUUGGAUGAAUUCGGGCCCUACUGAUAACAGGAAUUUCCAUGGCAUGCACCAGGGUCCUGGUGGCCCUCACAACUUCCCUCCACCAAUGCCAAACAUGGGCGGCCCUCAUAUGCCGCCAAACCCCAAUGGAAUGCCUCCACCCUGGAUGCAGCCACCCCCUCCUCCAAUGAGCCAAGGCCCAGCACCACCCGGACACCCCAUGGGUGAGUGUGACCUGUGAUGUUUAGGGUCUCGGUUCUACAA